AUGGGAGAUAAACGUGGUUUGGUGCUGGAUGAAACAGCGACAUAUGGUACGGUAGAUAGACUGACGGGCUGGUUUCGAAAUGUCUGUAUUCAAUUACCAGAGGGUACGUUACUCGUGCUCUGUUGUUGCGCUGUUGAGCAGCGGAUUGGGGUCACCACCUUCUCUAUAGGUCUCUCCUACGAUCUCCUCACUGGCCUAGACCCCUCCAACCCUGACACAGUCCAAUCGCCGUGGAUCCUCACUCUACAAGUGGAUCAGAAAGAAGAGUAUCCGAAAGGCUUGCUGCUUCGAAUCCCCACUAAGCAAACGCUCAAGGACUACUGGAUCCACCAGCUCAAGGAGGCAUGUGUGUCACGGGACGGAAACGCCAACCGGGUCAUGAGCCUGUCUAACGCCAACUCACAGAAGAUGUGGGACUCACUCGUAUCCCAUGACUUUAAGACAUUCUGGUCCAUCAUGACGACCAUUCUGCCUCGCGAAAAGGACUCUGGGGCUAUCAGAAGUCUCCCCAUCAAGGUCUACUUGCCCAUGAGUAACCAGUGCAUUGCCGCUAUUGUCAAGCCCGAAACCGACGACGGGAAGCUGACGACUAUCGGCCAAUCUUUGCAUUCCCAUCUGCCGACCUUCUUCCCCUCGGAAACCAAGCCUGUGGUAGCCCGAGCUGUGGUUCAUGGUGUGGAGGUUCCGCUGAAUGCCGUACUUGCUAACCUCUAUUACAUGGCGAUGUAUCCGGACGGCUUUCUGCACAUUUCUCUUGUGAUGAUCAAUUAG